AACCCAGGCUCGAACCAAGCAGCCAAGUCAAUUACCCAUUAGUAAUGUAACAAUUGAAAACAAAUCCCUAGCUUUAUCGCCGACCCUACGUACGAUAUACGAGAGCGCGGAAAAAAAAAAAAGACCAAACACUGAAAAAGUUUUCGAAUUAUCCAAUGUCGCUCCGCCACAUUAACAUCCCCUCCAUGCCCUGGGGCCAUCCGCCCAGGUGCCCGACGUACCGCAUGGCGACGCGCAUCCAGACGAAGCUGCAAGAGGACCUGCUGGCGUGGAAAGCGGCGGGGUCCACUACCACCACGUCCACGUCCACGUCCACCCCUUCCUCCUCCUCCUCCCCCGCCCCGCCGCCUCCCCCAGCCCUGAUCACCUUCACGCCCUCGCCCACCUUCACGCUGGGUCGGCGGCAGGACUACCCGUCCGCGCCGGAGCGCCAGCGCAUGCAGGAGCGGCUGACCGUCUCCACGUACCGGCCCGCGCCGCGGAGCAGCUGGGGCUUCAUCAAGCCGGACAUCGUGCAGACGCCGCGCGGGGGACUGACGACGUACCACGGCCCGGGGCAGGUGCUCUUCUGGCCCGUGAUCGACCUGCGGUCGCCGCUGCACAAGCACUUCACCGUGCGCGAGUACGCGUCGCUGCUCGAGCAGACGACGAUCGCGGCGCUGCGGCGCGCCUACGACGUCGAAGGGUUCACCGACCCGGCGAGCCCGGGCGUGUGGGCGCGCAAGGUGCGCACCGUCAUGGGGCCGCUGGGCGAGGACGUCGAGGUCCAGGGCCCGCAGGAGAAGCUCGCGUCGCUGGGCGUGCACCUGCGCCGCCACGUGACGGGGCUCGGCAUCGCCGUCAACUUCCGCAUGAACCUCGACUCGAACCCGAAGGUGAACCCGUGGCUGCGCAUCGAGCCGUGCGGGCACGACGGUACCGCCGUCACCACCGUCGCCAAGCACGUGGGCGACAUCCCGCUCUCCUCCGCCGUCGACUUGCUCAUCCCGACCUGGGCCGACGAGUUCGCGAAGCGGCUGGGCGUGGCUAACGCCGUGGACCCAGAUGCCGGGCCCCUCAUCAAGGAGGACGGUUGGACGCGGUGGAUUCUGGAGUUGGAUCUGGCCAGAAAUCCGGGCUUCGAGAUAGCGCGUAAGAGGAGGUCCUCGUGAUUGGGCGCGAAUCACGUGUUCCCAGGCCUUCGAGAAAGAGAAACACGAGGGUUGUCUCGUGUGAAUUUACGUUUCGAUGCGAGGACUCGUUCGAACGGGUUCCACGAGGCCAGAGCC